CGCCGCGCGUGCCAGGCACCGGAAGUGACAGCGGCGCCUUCAUGAGCACAACGACCGGCGAACGCCACAAGGGGGAAGAUCGGUGGCCGGGAAAACGGCGAUAGAGCACAGACGCGGAAUGAAACGCGCUGAAGUUUAAUCAUUCAUUUGCCGAUCCUAGCUCUGAGCAUCCUCCUGCUAACAGCCCAUCGUACAAGAGUUGAAAGGUCGUGUACACACGUCUUCCUAUAUCUUUUGUGUGUUGCGGCUGUUUGCUGAUCAGUGGCCGCAAAAGAACCCGUGUGUUUUUAGAAGAGGAGUGCGAAACCGUAGUGUUUAAGCAGCCCUCCCUAUGUGUGUGACUAUGGGGGACAUCAGUGACCUGGACCGACAGAUAGAGCAGCUCAGACGCUGUGAGCUCAUUAAGGAAAACGAAGUCAAAGCCCUGUGUGCCAAAGCCAGAGAGAUUCUGGUCGAAGAAAGCAAUGUUCAGAGAGUAGACUCUCCUGUCACUGUGUGUGGUGAUAUACAUGGUCAGUUCUAUGACUUGAAGGAGCUGUUUAGAGUUGGAGGAGAUGUGCCAGAGACAAAUUAUCUCUUCAUGGGGGAUUUUGUUGACCGGGGCUUCUACAGUGUUGAGACUUUCCUCCUUCUGCUAGCUCUUAAGGUGCGUUAUCCAGACAGGAUAACCUUGAUCCGGGGAAAUCACGAGUCUCGGCAAAUCACCCAGGUCUACGGCUUUUAUGACGAGUGUCUCCGCAAAUAUGGUUCAGUCACUGUUUGGAGAUACUGCACUGAGAUCUUUGACUAUUUGUCCCUUUCUGCCAUUAUUGAUGGAAAGAUCUUCUGCGUGCAUGGUGGCUUGUCUCCUUCUAUCCAGACAUUGGACCAAAUCCGAACCAUUGACCGCAAGCAGGAAGUUCCCCACGAUGGACCUAUGUGUGAUCUCCUGUGGUCAGACCCUGAAGACACCACUGGGUGGGGCGUGAGUCCCAGAGGCGCUGGAUAUUUGUUUGGCAGCGACGUAGUGGCCCAGUUCAACGCUGCCAAUGACAUCCACAUGAUCUGCCGAGCACACCAGCUGGUCAUGGAGGGCUACAAGUGGCACUUCAAUGAGACGGUGCUCACUGUGUGGUCGGCGCCCAACUACUGCUACAGGUGCGGCAAUGUGGCGGCCAUCUUGGAGCUGGAUGAACAUCUACAGCGGGAAUUCAUCAUAUUUGAAGCAGCACCACAAGAGACCAGAGGCAUCCCCUCCAAGAAGCCAGUAGCAGACUAUUUCCUGUGAAGUCUAUGAAGCAAACAGCCACAAUGUGUUGAGAUCUCGGGUACCAAUCGACACCACCUGGCCUCCAACCUGCUGCCGGGCUGUCCUGUCAGUCUGAACUCGCAGCAGUGAGACAGAAAACCUGCUGAACCCUCUGAAGCUCCUUAAAGCUUCACCUCUAAGAGCUGGAUUUAUGCCGUACUGCCUAAGCCUGACAGAGCAGUUACUGUGAUAGGUGUGAGGUGAGGUGGAACCUGGACCCAUGACUGUUGUCACUUCUUACUCUGUAGAGGGUCUGCUUCCAUUCUCACCUGCUUUCCUCCCCUCCUCUGUGGAUAUUCCCCCUCCUUUACUUAACCUUAACACCUGUAGUAUCUUUUCUCAUGAACAUUAUUUAGUUUUAGAGAUAUUGAGGUAUUUCAGAAGAGUUUGAUUUUUUUUUUAAUAAAAAUACACAGAUGCCCAAACACAGUUUUAUGAUCCAUUAAUUUGUUCUUUGCUUUUUUGUUGUAUAAUUGUUGCUGCCAGGAGAAAAUGCAAAACCACAGCCAUCCUUAUUCUGCUCUGAUGUUUCUGUUUGUCCUGUGUGUUUCCUAUUUAAUAUUCAGUGCUGCUGCUCAGUCAGCAGGAAUGUCAUUAGAUACCAAGCUAAAAUGACCAGCCUGUGGUAAUGUUCAGUGUCAGACGUGUUGAUUCACGAACCGGACUCUGUAACUGUUAGAGGACGUAGGUUGUGCUGCAUUAUUUAGAGGUGAAUCACACCCUACACCUGGUGGAUCAACAUGUCUGACACGGGUUACCUUUGGCUAAAUGUGUCUAAUACGCUGCAGAUUGAGUAAAUACCACACAGUGUAGUGACUAACGAGUCACAACAAGCCCCAACUUCCUCCUGCUAUUCUUUUUAAUCUACACGUUUCUGUAGGUCUGUCAAUUUUGAUAUUGCGAGAAUAAAGGUUUUGUAUGAAUGCCA